AUGCCGAGCCCCAGCCGUAGCAGCAGUAGCAGAGUGGUAGCUCCAAACCUAAACCUCCCAGCCGGGUUCCGUUUCCACCCGACGGACGAGGAGCUCAUCGUCCACUACCUCAUGAACCAGACCGCAUCCAUCCCCUGCCCCGUCCCCAUCAUCGCCGAGGUCAACAUCUACCAGUGGAACCCCUGGGAUCUCCCCGCCAAGGCGGUGUUCGGCGAGAGCGAGUGGUACUUCUUCAGCCCGCGGGACCGCAAGUACCCCAACGGCGCGCGCCCCAACCGCGCCGCCGGGUCCGGGUACUGGAAGGCCACCGGCACCGACAAGGCCAUCCUGUCCACGCCGACAGGUCAGCUCAUCGGCGUCAAGAAGGCGCUCGUCUUCUACGGCGGCAGGCCGCCCAGGGGCGUCAAGACCGACUGGAUCAUGCACGAGUACCGCCUCGUCACCGCGGCCGACGGCAAGACGGCCACGGCAGCCAAACGCAGAGGAGGAUCCAUGAGGCUGGACGACUGGGUGCUGUGCAGGAUCCACAAGAAGAGCAACGACUUCCAGUUGUCGUCGGAUCAGGAGCAGGAGGGCUCGUCGACGGUGGAGCAAGAAUCCCCAAAGCCCGAGUCUCUUGAGCUUGAGCACGACCAGUUCCAGUUCCAUCAGACGAUGAUGACCAAGUCGUGCUCGCUCACCGACCUGUUCAACAGCAUCGACUGCUCAGCGCUGUCGCACCUCCUCGACGGCCCACCAGUUGACGGCGGCGAAGCCCUGCCGCAGCAGAACCCUCCUAUAAUCUACCCAACGACGACAACACAAACACAACAAGCACUUAACUAUAACAACAACAACAACUUGAACAACAGCCACUUAAAUCUGCCAAACAAAAACGCAGCAUGUUCAGAAUAUGUCGUUGCUAAUAAUAACUGCAACAACGACGGUGUGAACAAGAGGAAACGGAUGACGGCCGCCAUGAAUGACGGCGCUGAGUCCUUCCAUGAUGGCAGCAACGGUUUCAGUAGGAAACCGAAGGUGCUGCCAACUGAUUCAAGGAACAGCAGCAGCUACUGCAACCAGCAGGUUGUGGACACGAGUGGGUUGUUUCAGUACAGCAGCCUGCUGAGCUACCCAUUCCUGGAGAUGCAGUAG